GGAAGUUCCUCCGCGAAUGACGUAUCCUUUCACGCGAUAUACUAUUUUCACGCGGCAUGAGCCGCGAAUUUGGCUAGCCGAUGCUGUUUUUAGUGUUUUUACAUAAUCUUUCCGAAAAUGAACUGAAAAAGUGAGUGUGCGAAUGAUAAUCUCCGAAUAAAUUUCGAAAGUAAAUCGAAUCAAUGGCUGCGAAAUUUGGUAAACUAGCUGUUGGUGGUUUAGCUGGCACAGCUGGAGCAAGUUUAGCUACUUACUGGUUGCUUAACGAAUAUAACAAUGAUUGGUUAGGUGUCAAAGCUCAAAAAGCCUCUCCCAGACCGAAACGACCUCUUCCAACCAGAACCGAGCAAAUUACCUCGCUACAAACUGAAAAAUUCGAUGUAGUGAUCAUAGGCGGUGGCGCUACUGGUGCAGGAUGCGCUUUGGACGCCGCCACAAGAGGACUAAAAACAGCAUUGAUUGAAGCUGACGAUUUCGCUAGCGGUACUAGCAGCAGAAGUACCAAACUUAUCCAUGGAGGAGUACGAUAUCUUCAAAAAGCUAUAAUGCAACUUGACUAUGACCAAUACAAAAUGGUCAAAGAAGCGCUACACGAAAGGGCAGCCAUGUUGGAACAAGCACCUCAUUUGGCGCAUCCCUUACCCAUUAUGUUACCAGUAUACAAAUGGUGGCAAGUUCCCUACUUCUGGUUCGGUAUCAAAAUGUACGACCUCGUAGCCGGUAACAAAAUGCUCAAAAGCUCUUAUUACCUCUCAAAAAAGAAUGCUCUAGAACUAUUUCCUAUGUUAAAAGGCAAUGCUUUAUGUGGCGGCAUAGUUUACUAUGAUGGCCAACAAGAUGAUGCUAGAAUGAACCUGGCAAUUGCACUCACUGCUGCCAGACUGGGAGCAACAGUGGUCAAUCAUGUUAAGGUUACCAGCAUACUUAAAGAAAAAGAUGCGGGUGGCAAAAAUUUGAUUACUGGCGUUACUGUUAGAGACGAAAUGACUGGGAAAACGUGGUCAGUGCCAGCAAGAUGUGUCAUUAACGCCACCGGACCUUUCACUGAUAGUAUUAGGAAGAUGGAUAAUCCAACCGUAAAAGAAAUUUGUUCGCCAAGUAGUGGAGUACACAUUACUUUACCAGGCUAUUAUAGUCCAGAACAAAUGGGUCUUCUAGAUCCGUCUACCAGCGACGGUAGAGUAAUUUUCUUCUUACCCUGGCAAAAACACACAAUUGCCGGAACCACUGACUUACCUUGCCAAGUGACCCACAAUCCAAAACCAACCGAAGACGAAAUUAUGUUCAUUUUGGAAGAGGUGAAGAACUAUCUCAAUCCCGACGUUGAAGUGCGACGUGGCGAUGUCUUAUCAGCUUGGAGCGGUAUCAGGCCUCUGGUUUCCGAUCCCAAUAAGCCCGACACUCAAUCACUUGCUAGAAAUCACAUCGUUCACGUGAGUGACUCUAAUUUGGUGACUAUUGCUGGUGGAAAAUGGACUACUUAUAGAGCUAUGGCUGAAGAAACAAUUGAUGCUGCCGUUAAAGCCUGCAAUCUAGAAUCUAGAUGCACGUCCAUAAAGUCCGUAACUGACGGUCUCCUCUUGGAAGGUGCCCACGAAUGGACUCCAACCAUGUACAUUAGGUUAGUACAAGAUUUCGGUCUGGAAUGCGAAGUAGCUAUACACUUGGCAAAAUCCUACGGUGACAGAGCUUUCGCUGUGGCGAAAAUGGCUAAUUUGACAGGCAAAAGAUGGCCUAUCAUAGGAAAGAAAAUCCAUCCAGAGUUUCCAUAUAUUGACGCUGAAGUUAGAUACGGAUGUAGAGAGUACGCUCUGACGGCUAUCGAUAUGAUAGCUAGAAGAGUAAGAUUGGCAUUCUUGAACGUCCAGGCGGCUCAAGAAGCACUUCCAGAAAUUAUUAAUAUUAUGAGUGAAGAAUUGGGAUGGACUGAAGAGGAAAAGAAAACUCAAACCAGGCUAGCCAGUGAAUUUCUACAAAACGAAAUGGGUCAAAAUGUAAAUAGAGCGAGCAGAGAUAAGAUUCCAAUCAAUCUUAGCAAGGAGGAAAUUCAGUUGUAUAUCAAGAGAUUCCAAAUUAUUGAUAAGGAUAGGAAAGGAUAUGUCUCCAUUAAUGAUAUUAGAAGAAGUCUGAAGCAACAUGACGGUAAGGAAGUUCCUGGUGAAGAACUUCACGAAAUUCUUAAGGAAAUCGACACAAAUAUGAACGGCCAAGUGGAGUUGGACGAAUAUUUACAGAUGAUGUCAGCGAUCAAGGCCGGUCACGUAACCUACUCAAGAUUCGCAAGAAUGGCUGAAUUGGAAGAACAGAAACACGAAAAAGAAAUGCUGAAAAAGAAGAUUUCAGUGGAAAGAAGUGGAGGUGGCUUGUAGAAGUCUUUGUCAAGUAUAACGUCUUAACUUAUGGUGAAUUCAUUCGUAAUUAAAUGUCUCUGUAAAUAAUAGAACAACGUUUUAGAUUUUGUUAUCUAUUUAAGCAUAAAUAUUUACUCUGUGAGAAAAUGAAACAGAAAACUUGCACAGCAAAAAAAUAAGACUCAGGUUUCCUAAACUUUAAAACAUAUUUUCAUAAUAAAAGAAGCACCACUGAUAAAUUUCAUGUUCUACAUAUAAUUUUCGAGUUUGUUCCUAAACAGAACAAAGUUCUUAUUUAUUUUUUAAUGACUAAGGCUGGAGUUACCCAAUUCCUUAAUUCUUUAUAGGUAUUUGUCCUUAAUUCUUGAAAAGUUCAAUUUAUUUAUAAUUGAUGUUUUUUAAGAUAAGAAUUUAGAACAAAAAUUAAGAAUUAAGGAAUUGGAUACCUAACCCGGCCUUAAGAAUAAUGUUAUUCAAGGCCAGUUCUUUUAUUUGAGGAAUGGUUGUGAAUUUUAAUUUAAAUUAUUUAAAUAAAUUAUUAUUAAAGUAAUUUCG